UUGGUAAGGUCACAGAAGUGUAUGAGAUUGUAUUGUCCACACUGUGAUACAAACUGUGAAAGUGCAAGGGCACAGCGAGGGAAACACACCAAGGAAAUAUUUUUGAUACAUGAAGUAAAUUCUCUAGAUCUGCCCUGAGGUCACUGAGUUUCCAACUUGUGAUCAGAUCGCAUCAAAACACUCCAGAACAUGGACCAGGAAGACAAUCUCAUGGAUGGAGACGGUCAUCAGGAAACUGGCAACCCAGUCAUAAGUGAAACAGAAGACCCGAUUGGACUAGCACUCCUGUGGCUCCAUGACAGGGUUGCCAUGGCAAUGCUGCAGACACGUCAGAGGGUGUUACAGGCGGGGGUGAUGCUGUGUUUCGUGACUCUGCUACUGUGGAUCUCCAGUUUCCUUUACGGCACAUUUUACUACUCCUACAUGCCUCUGGCCACCUACAGCACACCUGUGCACUACUUCCACAGGGUGGGCUGUGACUCCUCUAGCUCCGUCUGCUCCUUCCCCAUCGCCAACAUCUCUCUCCUGAGGCACGGCAAGCACCAGGUAAUGACAUAUGGCCUGCCCUAUCGGAUCUGUCUUGAGCUGGACAUGCCAGAGUCACCAGCCAAUCAGGAGCUAGGCAUGUUUAUGGUUUCCAUGACCUUUUACUCCAGAGGCGGCCAGACUGUUAGCUCCUCGAUACGCUCAACCAGCCAGUCCCGCUCUGCCUCCAGCUCUUGCUUUACCAUGCUGCAUUACCGUUCGGGCCUGCUGAGGAGUCUGGGAACCCUGCUCUUCCUGCCAGCCUACCUGAGCGGAGCAGCGGAGCAGAGGCAGCUGGUGGAGGUGGAGCCUGUACUCGGACUAUGUCGAUAACUCUUGCUUCCCUUCUAUAGAGCUAUCAUCGAGAUUCACUCCCACAGGGUGCAGAUCUACUCAGCCCACCUCUACAUACAUGCCCACUACACGGCAUCAGGUUAGUGCCCCCACAGGCUCCUCCAAAGCAAAUGUACACAUCCAGAUAUGAUCAUACAUGUCAUACAUUCCCUAGACAUAUAGUUUUUGAUAUACGCUGUGAUAUGACUGAAAUCUGAAAACAACUCAUGGAAAUACAGCAGGCAUACAAUAUUAUCUAUGCAAGCUAUUGGGAUGAUUUAGAUCAAACAGAACUGUGUUCAAUUUAGUAGCUCAUCCUUUCCUCUCCAGAUACCUGUUAUUCAACUUUCCACUGGUGUCAGCGUUUGUGGGUGUGGCCAGCAACUUUGCCUCCUCAGUCUCAUCCUGUUGUCUGGUUACCUGCGCAUGUUCUGGGUUCAUCUCUGGA